AACUUCGCUUGGGAUGCAUCCACCUUGACUCCACUUCUAAAGGAUGUAAAUCUUAGAGUGCUUAAUGGCAUGAGAGUUGCCAUUUGUGGUACAGUUGGUUCAGGAAAAUCAAGCUUACUGUCUAGCAUUUUAGGAGAGAUGCCCAAAUUAUCAGGGACUAUUAAACUCAGCGGAACGAAAGCUUAUGUUGCACAGUCGCCCUGGAUACAGAGUGGAAAGAUAGAGGAGAACAUAUUAUUUGGUAAAGAGAUGCAGAGGGAGAAGUAUGAUAAAGUUCUUGAAGCGUGCUCCUUAAAGAAAGACCUGGAAAUUCUCUCUUUUGGCGAUCAAACAGUAAUAGGGGAGAGAGGCAUUAAUUUGAGCGGUGGACAGAAGCAGAGAAUACAGAUUGCUCGUGCUCUUUACCAAGAUGCUGAUGUUUACCUAUUUGAUGAUCCGUUCAGUGCUGUGGAUGCUCAUACCGGAUCCCAUCUCUUCAAUGAAUGUAUAAUGGGGCUAUGGAAUUCAAAAACAGUUUUAUAUGUUACACAUCAAGUGGAGUUUUUGCCUGCUGCGGAUUUGAUCUUGGUCAUGAAAGAUGGAAGGAUCAGAGAAGCUGGGAAAUACAAUGAUCUUCUCAAAUUAGGUAGUGACUUCAUGGAACUUGUGGGUGCUCACCAAGAAGCUUUAACAGCAAUUGACACAGUUAAGGGAGAAGCAUUGAGAAAGAGUGUGGAAAUGACUGGUGAUAAUACAAAUGUGCAGAAGGAUAAAAAGAUUCCAGAUGGCCAAAAUGGUAAAGUGGAUGAUAUUGUUGGAACAAAGGGACAAAUUGUUCAGGAGGAGGAAAGAGAGAAAGGUAGUGUUGGUUUUGCAAUUUACUGGAAAUAUAUAACAACUGCAUAUGGAGGUGCUCUCGUGCCAUUUAUGCUGUUGGCACAAGUUGGUUUUCAGCUCCUUCAAAUUGGAAGCAAUUAUUGGAUGGCUUGGGCAACUCCCGUCUCAAAGAGUGAUCCACCUCCUGUUGGGGGUUCUACUCUCAUCAUUGUAUAUGUUGCUUUAGGAAUCGCAAGUGCUUUCUGCAUCCUUGCUAGAACCAUGCUUCUUGUUACCGCUGGAUAUAAGACAGCCUCAUUGCUUUUCCAAAAAAUGCAUCUUUGCAUUUUCCGUGCUCCAAUGUCCUUCUUCGAUGCCACACCAAGUGGGCGGAUCCUAAACAGAGCAUCGACAGAUCAAAGUGCAAUUGAUCUGAACGUUCCCUUUCAAGUUGGAUCCUUUGCCUUCACAAUAAUACAGCUUUUAGGAAUUAUUGGAGUAAUGUCACAAGUUGCAUGGCAGGUCUUCAUUGUCUUUAUUCCGAUCAUUGCAGUUUCCAUCUGGUUGGAGCAAUAUUACAUACCAUCAGCACGAGAACUGGCACGACUAAAUGGGACAUGCAAAGCUCCAGUAAUACAGCACUUUGCCGAGACAAUUUCAGGAUCAAGCACAAUUAGAAGUUUCGAUCAGGAAUCUAGAUUCCAGGACGCAAGUAUGAAAUUGAUAGACAAUUAUUCUCGACCUAAGUUUCACACCGCUGCUGCAAUGGAGUGGCUCUGCAUGCGUUUGGAUAUGCUAUCUCUGAUCACUUUUGCUUUCUCAUUAAUUUUCUUGAUCUCUCUUCCUGUUGGAACAAUUGACCCAAGUGUUGCUGGCUUAGCUGUUACAUAUGGGCUUAAUCUGAACAUAUUACAAGCUUGGGUUGUUUGGAAUCUUUGUAUGAUGGAAAAUAAAAUUAUUUCUGUUGAAAGAAUACUUCAGUAUACUGCUCUUCCAAGUGAACCUCCUCUUAUCAUAGAAUCUAACAGACCAGACCCUAACUGGCCAUCUUGUGGAGAGGUUGAUUUUAGCAAUCUUCAGGUCCGAUAUGCUCCUCACAUGCCUCUAGUGUUGCGAGGCCUUACAUGCACUUUCUUUGGUGGAAAGAAGACUGGAAUUGUCGGUAGGACAGGCAGCGGUAAAUCUACUCUAAUACAGACCCUCUUCCGCAUAGUUGAACCAGCUGCUGGACAAAUAAAAAUAGAUGGUACCAGCAUCUCCUCAAUUGGUCUACAUGAUCUACGGUCUAGAUUGAGUAUAAUUCCACAGGAUCCAACUAUGUUUGAGGGGACAGUUCGCAGCAACCUAGACCCGCUUGAAGAGUAUUCAGAUGAACAAAUUUGGGAGGCGCUCGAUAAGUGUCAGCUAGGAGAAGAAGUGAGGAAGAAGGAAGGCAAACUUUAUUCUACAGUAUCUGAGAACGGAGAGAACUGGAGUGUAGGCCAAAGGCAGCUGGUCUGUCUUGGCCGUGUGCUACUGAAAAAGAGCAAGGUCCUGGUCCUUGACGAGGCUACAGCAUCUGUCGACACUGCAACUGAUAAUCUGAUUCAGCAAACUCUAAGGCUGCACUUCUCUGAUUCCACGGUUAUAACCAUUGCUCAUAGGAUUACAUCUGUGCUUGACAGUGAUAUGGUCCUACUAUUAGAUCAUGGGCUCAUUGCUGAAUACGACACUCCAGCCAGGUUGUUAGAGAACGAAUCCUCAUUGUUUGCUAAGCUCGUGGCAGAGUAUAGUAUGAGGUCAAAUUCAAGUUUUGAGAAUGUUUCAGAUACGUGAGUCUCAGAAAGUAAUCUUCUUUAAUCACGUUACACGAUGAUGAUGAUGAAAGUAUGUUCAAACCUUUGCCAGUGGGCUAUGUAAGGGUGUUCAAAGUCUAUUUUUAAUCAAUAACAAGUAAUAUUUUACCUUAUAUGGAGUAUAAUUUUCCGGCGAAGGGUGGUCGGUUGGUUGAACGUAGCUUCGCCCCUGGACUCUAGACGAGUACUUUAGUCGAUACUGUUUUGAGUUUCCGUCUUUGGACAUCAUAGCUUGAACAAGAAGUCAAGAACCAGCGAAAUGCAGGUCAUGCCUGUGGAAACUGUAACAAUCCUAUGGCAGGGAAAGAAACCUAUAUCUAGUGAUGCAAUAUUGAUUGUGAAAUGGCAUUUGUUUUUGUUUAGACUUUUUGAUGAGAAAAUGUAUACGUAACUUGUGUUUCAAUAAUUUGAAUGUAUGUUGAGUCAAGUGAUUAGUUAGCUAAGAGUACACGGAUUUUGCUCCUUCUGGGUAAAAGAAGUAACCUUUUUGUUGA